AAUGAUGUUGAUGAUGAAAAUAAUGAUGAUCAUGAUGCCGAUUAUGAUAACAAAUAUGAAGAGGAGGUGGAGGAGGAGGAAGAUGAUGAUGAGGAGGAGGAGGAGGAGGAAGACGACGGUUUAAUUAAGGCUUUUAAAAAUCACAUCGCUACUAAAUUUGGUAUCGACCUGACCGGUAUUAAUGAUCCUGAUCAGCUGCUUGAUCAUUUGAGUGAGGUCAUGGAAGAUACCUCAAAUAGCGAGAGCAAUGAGAACAGUGAAGUCAACUAUGAAUUACUGGGCAAAUUGGGAUUUAAACAAUCAGGCGAUGAGAGUUCGGACGAAUUCCUUGAGAAAGUGCUUGAUGAAAUUGAGGGUCAUUCUGGAAGCGAGGAAAGUAGAGAAAGUUCAAAUGAAACCGAGGAAGACUCAGAAGAGGAUGUUUCUGAAUCAGAUUCUAGCAUUCAGCCGAUUGUGAUGGAUUCCCCGUAUGCUUUACCUAACGAAGGAUAUGCCAUCAGUCCGGACAUGGUGUUUGACGACGUGGUGGGAGCAUCUCUCCAAGGUGUAGAUAACACAGAAGUUGUAUCAUUACCUGUCGGAGCCCUCUGAUCUCAUCACAUGGUGGGUCCAUGGCCCUAUGAACAAUUAAUCACAUCCUAAGUGCCAUUUUAGGGUCACUGGUAAAAGGUAUUUAGGCUUUGUAACUUCACGAACAAUUCUUUAAGCUUGUUUUUUCUAUGGAAGUGUGACAGAAAAGCUUUAUUGAGAUCGAGAACUUUUAUGAAAUUAAAAGAAAUCGAAUGGUAAUAUUCAAGUACAUUAUCGUCAUUUUAAACAGCUGUUAUAUUUUCUACGGUUGAAUUGAUAGGCAAAUCAACGUGCAUACAGAGUAACAGCUAUGUAACGUAAUCGUCGUUCAAUUUUUAUUGAGAAUUGUAACGCAUAUAAUUUAUUUGACAGUUUUGCUGAUAACAUGUUGAUGGUAAUACUCUACAGUUUAGACUUAAGGUGUACAAGAUUGUAUACAAACAAUAAAGAAAACUUCUAUUAAUUAAACAAGACAAAAGAACUCGAGGGCAUUCAUUCUACAUGGACAAAUCAAGAAGUAGAUUAGACGUUCGUAAAUACUCGUUUACUCAGCGUUUAGUCAGCAGCUAGAACUCCUUACCCGAGUACGUGGUCCAAGCACCGAAUAUCAUAACAUUUAAAAAUCGCCUUGAUAAGUUUUGGGACACUGGCGACAGGAUGUUUACAAUAACACCCGAGUGAUGUCACAUACACUAUAUUACAUGUAUAUAAUUAUUAUUUGAAGGACUGUGAUCUGAAUAUAGAGGCAAAUGUAUAUGCCUGCGUUCAGAAUAAUCUAAGUAAAUCUAAGUUAAAAAA